GCCGACCGCCGCUUCCGCAAACAGAAUUGUAGAUGGCUGUGUGGUGUUAGUUCAUGAAGUUUUACUAUCUAAGUAAGCAAAAAUGGAAAAUUCUGCAAAAGCAGAGGAGUGUGGAAAGAUCUCUCUUGAAGAUGCAGAAGCAUCAGUAGAUUUGGAAACAGAAUCUUCAUUCAGUAUUAAUGAAAACACAACCACUCCUGGGACUGGCCUUUCUGAAAAGGCUCCUAUCUGUGGACAAGUAGACACACCAAAAAAGAGAAAAAUGGAAUUUGAAGAUGAUCUUAUAAAGGAAAGUUCUAGUUGUGGGGAAGAUACUCCAACCAAGAAAAGGAAACUUGAUGCUGAAAUUGUCCCAGAGGAAAAAGGUUCUGGUGAUGAUGAAGGCAUUUCAAGGAAAAGAAGAAUGGAAACGGAUGAUUUUCCAAAAGAUGAACCUUCUACUGGAGAUGGCACACAGAAAAAGAGAAAAAUAGAACUUGAGGAUGUUCCUGAAAAGCAAAAAAAGGUAGAAGAGGGACACAGUUCAGCCGUGGCUGCCCACUAUAAUGAACUACAGGAAGUUGGUUUGGAGAAGCGUAGCCAAAGUCGUAUUUUUUACCUAAGAAACUUUAAUAAUUGGAUGAAAAGCGUCCUCAUUGGGGAAUUUUUAGAAAAGGUACGACAGAAAAAAAAACGUGAUAUCACUGUUUUGGACCUGGGAUGUGGUAAAGGUGGAGAUUUGCUCAAGUGGAAAAAGGGAAGAAUUAACAAGCUAGUUUGUACAGAUAUCGCUGAUGUUUCUGUCAAACAGUGUCAGCAGCGGUAUGAGGACAUGAAAAAUCGUUGUCGUGAUAACGAAUUUAUUUUCAGUGCAGAAUUUGUAACUGCUGAUUGUUCAAAGGAACUUUUGAUUAACAAAUUUCGUGACCCAGAAAUGUGCUUUGACAUCUGCAGUUGUCAGUUUGUCUGUCAUUAUUCAUUUGAAUCCUAUGAGCAGGCUGACAUGAUGCUCAGAAAUGCUUGUGAGAGACUGAGCCCUGGAGGUUAUUUUAUUGGUACUACUCCCAAUAGCUUUGAACUGAUAAGACGCCUUGAAGCUUCAGAAACAGAAUCAUUUGGGAAUGAGAUAUAUACUGUGAAGUUUCAGAAGAAAGGAGAUUAUCCUUUAUUUGGCUGCAAAUAUGACUUCAACUUGGAAGGUGUUGUGGAUGUCCCUGAAUUCUUGGUCUAUUUUCCAUUGCUAAAUGAAAUGGCAAAGAAGUACAAUAUGAAACUAGUCUACAAAAAAACAUUUCUGGAGUUCUAUGAAGAAAAGAUUAAGAACAACGAAAAUAAAAUGCUGUUAAAACGAAUGCAGGCCCUAGAGCCAUAUCCAGCAAAUGAGAAUUCCAGACUUGCCUCUGAGAAGAUAGAUGACUAUGAACAUGCAGCAGAGUACAUGAAGAACAGUCGAGUAAGGUUACCUCUGGGAACCUUAAGUAAGUCGGAGUGGGAAGCCACAAGUAUUUACUUGGUUUUUGCAUUUGAGAAGCAGCGGUGAGCACAUACGCAGUAGUCCCAGGACAGCCGUGUCCCAUCCUGUGCAGAUUUGAACGCUCCAUUCUAGAUCUGACAACUUUCUGUUUGUUUGUUGUAAUUACUCUAAAUGUGCAGGAUGCUGCCGGAAACUCCAGUGUGUAAAUUCAACAUUUGCUGUCUGUGACAGAUGAACUUUUGUGUGUGUAUAUAAGAAUGAGUUGGGACCUUUGUCUUUAAAAAUCUAUUUUUAAGUAAUGUUAAGAAUUCCAUUUGCCUCACUACUCUCCUAGCGCAUAAAAAUUAUAGUAUGACUUGUUAGAGCUGCUGAACUCUUUCCACAGUGCUCUGAUUUGUUCAAUGUUCGUUUACAGUAUUAAAUUCAUUGCCCUUGUAGAAUUGCUGAGGGAGCAUACUGGUUUAUGGGGUUUUGUGCUCAUUUCUGUAGUUUUGUUAUCUAGUGUUUUUCAAGAUUAAAUGGAUUGUGUUCUGUACAAUUAAUUGAAUGUGCUCAAUAUAUAUCGCUAAAGUUGUAUGUUUAAAACAAAAUUUUAGAUGGCCAUGAAAGUUUUUUACCUAGAAUUUUAGCCAGUUACUACAUUUCAUUAUAAAUACUAACUACUUUAUUUGCUAAUAUGAUCUAAUUCUGGAACUGGUUAGAAUGUUUUAUAUGCCAGCAUAAAAUUGUUACAGAUUUUAGGGGCUUUAUCUUAAGAAUUUCCUUCCUUACCAAUAAUGUUUCUAGUUAUCAAGAAUGUAAUUAGACAGAUUUCCCUUUCUUCAUUGAAUGAAAAUGCCAUAGUUGUUUUUCCAUGACUUAAUGAAAACCUGUCCCAUGUGAACCUGUUGCACAUUUUCCUCAGAGAGAUGUAUGGAACUGCAAUAGGAGGAUUCAAGGAAGGUGAAAGGAAGCUGAAAAGCAGACUUCAGAUGAAUUCUCCCUGACGUUAGAUACAGCUUACCGGCACUAUGUGCUGUGUUCCUCCCCUUCAGCCCCGAGAGAAGCGGUACCUGCUCUUCCAUUACAACAUCAUACUUUGUGCCGUAGGCUCCAGCAUCCCAUCACCGCUCAGAACUUGAAUUUGCCAUUUCAGAACUGUUGACUGUUUCCAGCCCUGGCUUCUUGCUUGACUUCUCUUCCAGAACUGUUCACAAACCUAGGUUCACACUUAGGUGAACCCUUGUCCUUACUUUACAUUUUACUGUUUAAAAAAACUUUCCAGUAUUUAAGUGUAGUGAAAAACUUAAAAAGAACAAAACAGAGCAAUUAUUGCAUAUUCUUCUAAAAAUCAUUUAUUUAAUGCAUGAAUUUAAAAGACAUUACUUUCUGUACUUAUCCAGAGUACUUGUUUAAAAUUUGUUUAUAUAUGUUGAUUAUUCACGGUGUCAGAGUAACAGACCUUUUAACAAGAGAACACAGGUUACCUAAUUUCUGUUUCUUGUGUGUUUGUCAAUCUCCGUACUGUUACCAGUUUAUAAAAGUUAAGUCUUUUAGCCUUAGUGGUGGUUUGCCAUAAGCCGUUUGGGGAAAUAAAUAAUAGUAUUUCUGA